UUCACUCAUCACCUCUUAUAAAUAUUAAAUUUCAAAAUUAUUAUUUAUUUAAAAACUACAGAAAAAACAUUUGCAAAAAUUUUAAUUCAGUUUUGAAAUUUUGAAAUAUUAAACAAAAUGCUUUUUUUGGGAAUAAUAAUAUGUUCAACUAAUAUUGUGACUGCUAGUGUUUUCAAUUUUACGGAUGACAAUGUACAAUUUCACAAAAAAAUGAUGGGAAAAGAAGAAUCAGAUCGAGAUGAAAAUGGAAAUGUACCAAACAAUUAUUCGAUUUGUCGCACACAGGAGUGUUCUAAACUUGCUUCAGAAUUUUGGGAAAGUAUGAAUAAAUCAGUGGAUCCUUGUGAGGAUUUUUAUGAAUUUGCAUGUGGUGGAUGGAGUGUAAGCAAUCCAGUGCCUCCCACUGAAUUAUCAUGGACUACUUUUAACGUUGUUAAAAAAGAGUUGUAUUUUCGAAUUCGAGAAUAUUUGGAAGACCCCGUGAACGAAGACGAUAUUUUACCUGUAAAACAAGUAAAAAAAUUUUAUUCAUCAUGUAUGGACGUUGAUGCUUUGGAGGAGGCUGGCAUUAAACCAAUCGAGAAAAUUUUAUCGACAAAUGGAGGUUGGCCAAUAGCAAUGGGUCCGCAAGAAUGGGACCCAAAAAAAUAUACAUGGCAACAAAUUGACAAAUUUUAUACUCGAUUAAUAUUUACCCCCGCAUUUUUUUCCCUCGAUAAUGGUGAGUCCUUAUUUGGGUCAUAUCAUAAUAAUUUGAAAAGUUUAGACGAUUCUGAUAGUAGUUCAGAAAAAUCAGAAAAAAAGAAUCAGAAGAAGAAGAAGAAGACAAUUUAGUUAUUAUGAUGAUGCGACCAAAAUUAACUCCAAUUGUGAAAAUUCCACAUGAAGCAAAAUUCGACAGAAAUGAAAUGUAUGAUGAUGGAAGUUAUGCUAAUUUAAUUGCACAAGUUGCUAA